AUGGGCUCGGCAUCACUCGCGCGCAGCGCGCGCCGCUUCGCCUCCGCGACGACGCCGCCCGGCGCGUUCUCGCGCGAGCGGCUCGCGGCCUGGCGCCACGCGCUGCACCGCCAGCCGGAGCUGGGCUUCGACCUCUUCAAGACGUCUCAAUUCGUCGCCGACACGCUCGCCUCCUUCGGCGGCGACAUGGACAUCACGCGGGGCCUCGGCGGCACGGGCGUCGUCGCGUCGCUCCGGGGCGGCGCCGGGACCAGCGGGCGAGGCAUCGCCCUGCGCGCGGACAUGGACGCGCUGCCCAUUUUCGAGGAAGCGGACGUGCCGUACCGGUCCGAGGUCGACGGCGUCGCGCACCUCUGCGGCCACGACGGCCACACGGCCAUGCUCCUCGGCGCCGCGGAGCAUCUGGUCUCCGUGGCGGAGACCCUCGACGGCACGGUGCACUUCGUCUUCCAGCCCGCGGAGGAGGCCGGCGGCGGCGGCGAGGUCAUGGUCAAGGACGGCCUCUUCCGCGACGUCGCCGCGGACGCGACGGCGGUCUACGGGCUCCACAACUGGCCCCGGGCCAUCUCGAAGACCCUGAGACCGGGCGGCUUCGCGGCGACGGCGGGCCCCGUCAUGGCGGGCGCGGACGAGUUCGAGAUGGUGAUUACGGGGAGAGGCGGCCACGCGGCGAUGCCCCACGUCUGCGUCGACCCCGUGCUCGCCGGCGCCCAGGUCGUCGUCGCGCUGCAGGCGCUCGUGUCGCGGUCGACGAGCCCGCUCGACUCCGUCGUCGUGUCCGUGACGUGCUUCGACGCCGGCGAGGCCGUCAACGCGAUCCCGGAGACCGCGACGUUGAAGGGCACGGUGCGCACCUUCGACGAGGCCGUGCGAAAGCGCGUCAAGGUCCAGCUCCUGGACACGGCGGCCGCCGUCGCCGGCGCCUUCGGGGCGACGGUCGAUUGCGACUACGUCGACGGCUACCCGCCGACGAUCAACGGCGCGGACGAGACCGCGUUCGCGGCGGCCUGCGCGGCGCGCGUCGUCGGCGCCGACAACGUCGUCUUCGACGAGCCGCCGUCCAUGGGCGCGGAGGACUUCUCCUACCUCCUCCACGAGCGGCCCGGCGCCUACCUCUGGCUCGGCGGCGACUCCGACUACGCGCUCCACCACCCGAAGUACGUCUUCGACGACGCGACGCUGACGACGGGCGCGGCCUGGUUCGCGACGCUCGCUUCCUCGGCGCUGCGAGCGGACUCCUAG